AUGCUGGAAAACGCGGGCGCCGGUCCUUAUCAGCGAGGUCUCAUCUUCGCGGCGUUACCGUUCGGCGUACUGUUGGUCUCACCUCUAGUUCCGCCCCUUCUCUGGCGCGUCGGGACUAAAGCUGUGUUGGUCUCGUCGCUGGUGCUCAUCACCGCGUGCCUUUGCCUCGCCACGUACGCGGGACCUCCAAGGGGCGAUACGAAACUUACGGACCAGGCAUUGACACGCUGCGUGACGAUAUGGGUUUGCUCGAGGCUCUUCAUGGGCCUCGCUGUGGCUGGCACGGGAGUGACGGUGCUGUGCCUCAUGACCAGGCACCUGCCGAGAAGGUCACACGUGUUUGCCAACGGCGUUCUGGAGUCGGCGAUUGGAGUGGGAUACAUGGUCGGACCCGCGUUCGGUGGGUGGCUUUUUGAGCUCUUCAGGUGGUCCGAGCUUCCUUUGAUCGUCAACGCGACGGCGACCGCGUUGCUAAUCCCUUUCGUGGCGAACAUGCGGCUCGACGACGAGGAGGAGGACGACGAGGAGGAGGGUGCCGACGGGAACGCAGCCGACCAGGAAGGCGGAGAGGACAAGAGGGGCACGGUGGGCAUGACCAUGAGAUUGUUUGCCAGACCGCGGUUUUCCGCGGCCGUCUUGGUGCUUCUCGCCGUCUCCAUCAGCUUCGGGGUCUUCCCGAGUACGCUCCCGCCGCACCUCCAGCGAACGCUGAAGAUUGGAGAAGGCUCCGUCGGGACAGUAUACGCGGGGAUCGCGGGUCUUUAUGCGUUCUUCACCCCGUUCGUUGGUCCAUUAGCGGAAAACGGAGGGAUGACGAAUCCACUCGGCGCCAUGGCGGUGUUCGGCGCGUUGCUCAUGGCAGUCGCACACCUGUGCUUCGGUCCAUCGCCGCUGCUGCCGAUGCGGUUCGAUGGACCCAGGGACUGGCGACUGUGGGCUGUGGAUAUCAUCGGCGGCGGCGUCUGCUAUGGUAUUGGGAGCGCCUUUGGCUUCGUUCCUCUUCUGCCUCUGAUGCAGGCGGCAGUGGUGGACAUGGGCCCAAGGUAUAUGGAAAUGACGGCGGGGCUGUCGAACGCGGUGUAUUACUCUGGGGAGUUAAUCGGACAGCUCUUUGGGGCGCAGAUUGUCUCGUCAGCAGGAUUUCCGUGGGCGAGCACUGCGUUUGGAGGGAUGCUCGUGGGCUCAUGCGCGAUCUUUGGGCUGGUGCGACUUGUGGUCAAACCUCCAGCCACAGUCGUUGCUACCCUCGAGGCUGAAAGAGUCGAGUAUGAAGAGUUGCUGUUGUCCAGGUCGGAGACACCAAACUUAGAAGAUAGCGAAGGCGAGAUUUAG